AUGAAACACAGGUCUGCCUCUUUCUCCAGAGGGGCUCUUCUCAAAGUCUCUCCAACCCUGGGCCCCUGGGUUGCAGAUGAGGUACGUGUGGCAUGGCUGAGGUCCCAGGACGGGCAACUCCUGAGCACCUGGAGGGGUAGAAUGAGCUUGCAGAUGUCUCCCCAGAAUCUUUCAUUUUCAGACUCACUGCACAUAGCAAUUUUGGCUUCCAUAUUUUCUCUUAUAAUUUACUGGCUCAUCAGAGACAGAUACAGAGUGAGAAACCUGAGUGGAAAGCAUGUCUUCAUAACAGGCUGUGACACUGGACUUGGAAACUCCCUGGCUAAAUGGCUUGACAGAAGGGGAUUUUGUGUCAUUGCUGCAUGUGCCUCAGAAAAUGAAGGCCAAGAGCUACAGUCCUGCUCUUCACCCUCCCUGAAGACAGUGAAUCUGAACUUAGCAGACUCCAACAGCAUUGCCAGGGCUGUGGGGUUUGUGACCGAAGAGACAGCUGAUAAAGGGCUUUUUGGCUUGGUGUGCAACGCUGAAGGAACAGCUCCUGUAGCACCCACUGACUGGCUGAGGAUUGAAGACUUCCAUUCAGUGCUGGAUGUCAAUCUGCUGGGAUUGAUUGAAAUCACACUCAAGCUUCUGCCGCUUCUGAAAAAAGCUGAGGGAAGAGUGGUCAAUUUAAUUAAUGCCAAAGGCCUCAUGGCUUUUGUAGGGGGUGGCUACAGUCUGUCCAAAUGGGGCAUGGAAGCUUUCUCUGACACCUUACGGGUAGAGAUGCAGCAUUUUGGAGUGAAAGUAAGCAUCCUUGAGCAUGGUUUCUUUAAGGCAGGAGCUGUUAAUUCAGAUAUCAUCGAGAAAUACCUCUUCAGACUUUGGAACGGACUGACUCCUGAGAUCAGGGACUCCUACGGAGAAAAAUACUUUGUUGAAUAUAUAAAAGCACAAAGAUCUUCAGUCAGAAGACUGUGUGACCAUGAUAUUUCUAGUGUCAUAAAAUGCAUGGAACAUGCCCUGAUAGCAAAGUACCCCAGGACACGAUACAGAGCUGGAUGGGAUGCAAAGUUCUUUUGGCUGUUUCUCUCCUAUGCCCCAACAUGUUUAUCUGACAUGCUGUUGCGUUUGACGUUUCCGGCUCCAGCAGAUAGCAGGAGAUCAGUUCCUGGAGUUCUAAUUAAUGUCUAG